AUGAAACCUCACCUCCUCGCCCAUGAAGCUCCUAACCUUUUCCCUGUGCAGGUCUCUUGCAACCCUCCAUGUGACCAACCACUCACCAGUAACCAUCGUGUCAAUCAAAAGAACCAAGACAAGAAGAUGGCGACAUCUCUAGUAGCAGCGCUAAGGGACAUCACAGUAGAACCCGUCAUGCUCAUAGAUGGAGCAUGCAAAGAGGCUAUGCUCCUCUUUGGUGAAAACGUCCAAAUGAACAAAAUAUGUUCCGUCAACUUGGGUUUCUCACCCGAGGUGUGUGCUAACCUGUCAGCUCAUCCAGAGGAGAGUGUGAGAGUCCAGAGAGAGUUCUCUAUCUUCACCUUCUACAACAGUAUCAUCUUAUCAGUGUUGCCUCUCAUCUUCGUGCUCUUCAUGGGCGCCUGGAGCGAUAAAUACGGACGUAAGAUUCCUUUACUGAUGACUCUGGUGGGUCACGUGGUUUAUGCCGGAGGUUACCUGCUGUCUAACUGGCAGACUAGCUGGCCCGUGGAAGUGAUUUAUCUAGUGACACUGCUGGAGUCCCUGGGAGGUGCAAACGCCGGUCUUCUCACAUCUACAGUCAGUUACAUCAGCGACAUCAGCAAGGAAGCUCAGCGAACAUCUCGCAUCAGCACAGCCAACUCCAUGUGGUACUUGGGGGGUCCCCUGGGUACGCUAGUUGGUGCCCUCAUCAUUAAGUACAGUGAUUAUAACAUGGCUUUAGGCUUGGUGUUGCUUGCUUAUUUCCUCACAGCUAUUUAUGUGGUCAUCUUUAUCGAGGAGAGUCACGGACCCUUCGUCAAGAGUAAGCUGGAAGCUCAAGGCUCCGGUAAAGAAGAUCCCAGUUCGAUGAAGAAGAUCUCUGUUGUUACCAUGGUGGUGGAUUUCUUCAACUGGAGGCGCGUUGUGGAAUCCUUCAAGACAGCGUUCAGGAGACGCGAGGGCAACGCCAGGGCCGUCUUAAUGGCCGUAAUGGCUGGUAACAUGAUACGACGCGUAGCUAGAGGGUUCUUCAUGUACAUGUUCGUGCGUCGUGCCCUACACUGGGAUGCUACUGACUACGGUUACUGGAUUACCUAUCGUAACCUACUGGCUGCCCUUGGUUCUCUCUUCCUGGUGCCGUUCCUGACGCGGCUGUUAUCGUUCACGGACGCCUCACUGAUAGUGGUUGGGACCGUCUCAAUGAUCGGGGAGUACGUGUGUUAUGGUCUGGUUAGUGGACCAGCACAAGCAUUCCUCAUGUGGCUGGGACCUCUCGUAAGCCUCAUCUCCAACGCUAUGGUCAUCUCCUUCAAGUCUAUGUCCACCAAACUCGUCACUAGUAAGGAGAAAGGUCGCAUCAAUGCAGUGAUGUCGGCACUUAACGGGUUGAUGCCCAUGGUUGGCUACGCAGCUUACUCUCCUCUCUACUACAACACUGUUGACACCUUCCCAGCUGCCCAGUUCUUCUUCGGCGCCUGUCUCAACGUCAUUAUUAUGAUCACCUUCAUUGUGGUGGAAGUGAUGCGUCAUUCGUCGUCCUACAGCGCUGAGGACCUGGAGGUAGCGAGUCCGGAAAAUGUCAAAGGUAUUAGUAGAUUCCUCAAAACAAGUUCACCCGUCACCUUGAAGUCCAUCGCCCAAACCAUCACUGGUCCAGGAGGAGUGAGCGUCACCCAGAUGUGUCAGGAUCCGGGUACAAUUCCUCAGGAAAAAUCGGGUGAAUCUCCAAAGGUCUCCAAUGGUUCAGUUGGAAAAUAUCCAACGGCUCCGAAAAGUAUUAAUGAUACACAGAACAUUGGUUCGAAUGAGGCUUCGAGCGACAGCAGACUGCCACCAAUAAUAACUUAUGUAUUAGGAUCUCCCAAGUACCAGGCGCAAGAGAAAGAGGAAGCCGGAUGCUACGCCAGUGGACUGAGUGACACUGAGAUCACUGCCUCGGAGAGAACACUACAAGACCUUUCAUUGAAGAACGAAGACGUGAAAGACCUUAACAACAAACAUCACAGCAGAACCUAA